CCUAGUCAAUUUUUCUUCGGGUGUAGAUAAGCGGAUGAUAAAGAAAGGAAACAAGCGGGGGAGGACUUCCUGGUCUCUAUCUGUCCGAAAUAUGCUUCCACUGUAGCAGUCGCCGCAGCAAAAUGUUCUUGUACUUAAGUCUGUCAGUGCUAGUGCAAUCCGUUUUGGCGUUACAAAUAUGGGAAAAUAAUAGAAACUGUCCCUUAACAUGCACUUGCCAAUUAGAACACUUAACCGAAACCGCCAUCUACCGAUUUAUACAAAAUAAGAAAAAUAAUCAGAACGUGAACGAAUCCAGUUCUGUCGAAUUUAACGAGGUGCUGUACGAAGACAAUUUCGAGUCAGAACUAACAGAAGACAAGCAAAUCGUCCGUUCUGCCAUGUGCAUUUUGCGCAAGAACGUCGAACCCGCAGAAUUAAUCCAAACUUUACCCGAAGACAUCGAAAUAGUAACUUUAAUUCAAGGAUACGACAUAGGUAGUAAAACAGUGAAAUUUAGUUAUUUAACUAAGUUCAGAAACCUUCUCAGUUUAGAACUGUUAGGUCCAAAUUUAUUUAACCGAAUGACCAACAGUAGCUUAAUUUGCGAAAUCGAUAUGCCGCUCCCUAACCUAAAAUUUCUGAACCUAGAAAACAUUGUUAUAAAAAAUUCAAAAGUGCAGAUUCAGAAUUUCGUUAAAGAAUUUAGUAAAACGGAACAGACGUUUGAGUAUGUACAAAAGAUCGACUCCAACUUGCAUCCUCUGACGAUGGUACAGCAGGGUACAAACGACGAGAUCUUGCCUUACGAAAAGUAUAAAGAACAAGAUAACGAACACAAAAUACCUUUGUUUAUUGGUUUUAAAAAUUUACAUUUGCUUAGAGUGACGCACUGUGAGCUCAAUAAUGUGCACUGGGCUAUGUUUGACGGUUUAAACAGUCUACAAAUUUUAAUUUUGGAUAACAAUAACCUAAAAUUCAUACCACCGUUUGCUUUUUAUGGUGCGCCGAAUUUGAAAACAUUGUCGCUAGCGCACAAUAAUUUGUUAGACAUACAAAUAACGGAUUUGGCCGGUCUUUUAGAACUAGAGUACUUGGACCUUUCGUACAACAACUUUUCGCAACUAUCAGAACUGUCAUUACCGCCUUUUCCAAAAUUAAAACUAGCCGAUUUUGGGAAUAAUCCGAUCACUGUGAUAUUUCCUAACACUUUUGAGGUUAUGAAUACCACUGAUUCACUUAUAAUCGGUAGCAAAGACGUUAAUUUAUCACUCUUGACGAACUCAUUCAUAGGCUUAAAUCUACUAAAAGCUCUAACAUUAAAUAAUUUAAACAUAAAGUUACUAACGAGAGAUUUGUUUGUCGGAAUGCCAAAUUUAAACGAACUAACGCUAACUGGUACUAUCACGAAAAUUGAAUUUGACACAUUUUUAGACGUCCAUAAGUUGCAAAAAUUGAUUUUAAGCAAUUGUAACAUAAGGAACAUAUCCAUGGACGCUUUUAUCGGUUUAGAAAAUCUAGAAAUUUUAGAUUUGUCUAAAAACCAGUUAGAACAAUUACCACCCGCAGUUUUCGAUCAGUUAAUUAAUAUUAAAGAAAUAUACUUGAAUAAUAACAAACUGACUAAACUACCUCGUGAAAUUUUUUCGAAAAUUCACGUCAAAAUGAUUCGCUUGAACGAAAAUCCGUGGCACUGUUCGUGCGACAUGAGCGACUGGAAACCCAUCAUCAUCAACCGAAUUAAACAAAAAAUUGUCAAAGCGUGCGAUUUUAGUCACGACAAAGGCAUAGGGUGCGUUCAAAGUUUCACAUUUAAGUAUAUCUACGAAAAUAAAGUUGCUCCGAAGUGCGCAGAACCUAAAGAAUAUACCAACUGGAGCGUCUUUCACAUAAUGAGGCGGCUACUUAAGUGUCCAGAAUAUAAACCCAAGUUGAAGAAGCACGUGAAAAAGGUAUACGAACAUACAAAAACGUCAAAUAUAACCGAACACAACAAAAUAUCGAAAGCUGAUUUGUUACGUAACAAAAUGAUAAAACACGGCGCCCAUUUCAAUAACUCCGUGAACAACAACGUAAAUAAUGACUUAAACGCUUUGUAUCUGACACCUCGGUAUCAAACUGAUAACCAAAAAUAUGUGAAAAGUAAAGUACGCAAGGUAAAAAAACACCGGAAAUAUUUCCAAAUGGACAACAAUAUUGCACUUGUUUAAGUGAGUUUGAGGAAUAUUUUUAAUGUUAUUAAGUAAGGUUAUAGCCCACACGAUUGACCUAGGCAUUCAGGUCUGGCCUUAUUAUUAAACGUUGUACUAAUCUUUUGGUGCAAUAUAUUAAACAUUGUAUUUCUUUUAUGUACAUUUUUCUAUUUUGUGUAAAAAAAUAAAUAAAACGUUUUUUUUUA